AUGAACCCCACCCCGACCAUCACUAGCAACGCGACCUGGAACGAGUCGCUCUCAUGCCUAAAAGCCGAGCGCACACAGUACUUCUGGUUCACGGACGAGGACUGGCAGCAGAGUAUCGGCGAGGACGGGUGCCCGGACGGGUGCCUGAAGCUGAUGGAGACGUACUGCUUCCCAACGCCGGACGCGCCCGUGCCGACGUCGCCCAGCCGUAUUCCGGCGGUUCGCACCUUAUAUCACCCGGCGGACCCCACGACGAUCAACCCUGCCGGCGCCAAGCCCACACCAUACCAGUCCGGCAUGGUCACCGGCUGCCAGAGGUUUUACAAGGUCUCGACUGGUGAUACGUGUCAGAAGAUCGCCAAUACAGCGUCUACUACUCUGGAACAGCUCUAA